AUGCUAGAUGUUAAUAUACACAAUCAAACACCAAAUGUGACAAUUCGUACACUUUACCUUCGUAAAUGGAGUGGAUUAAUGUUAGGUCCAUUACUCAAUUUACUACCUAAUUUACGUCGAUUGAAAACAAGUUUUUCAAAAUCUAUCAGUGAACCAAUACUCACUGUUGAGCUGCCAUAUCUUGAGCGGUUUUUCUUUUUUGGUGAUAUAUCUUGCUGUGGGGAUGAAAUAUUACAUUCUGUUCUUGACACUAAGCAUUUUCCAUCACUUAAAGUUUGUCAAUUCUCAGACAGCAUUCAUCAUACACAAGAAUUUCACAAGCAAUAUCGAUUACCAAAUAAUACAAUUCGUACACUUAUCCAUCAUAUUUCGAAUGUAUCAACACUGGGUCCUUUACUCCAUCUUCUACCUAAUUUACGUCGAUUCGAAACAAGUUUUGCACAAUGUGUUAAUCAAUCGUUAAAUUUUGAUACAUGUCACAUUUCACUUAAACAUCUACGAAUUAGUCUUGUAAAUCCAUCUAAUGAUCUCGAAAAGAUACUUCCAUAUAUGCCUAAUCUAAAACAGUUGCGUGUCACAGGAAUAAUUCGUGAACAAUCAAUAUUAGAGCAUUUCAAAAGAUUAAAUAAUAUUGUUCGCAUUCAUACACCUAUUUUAGAAAAAUUUGAUUGUGAAUUAUAUUGUGAUCAAAUGAAUGAUCAAGUCAAUAUUCUUAUCAUACAACAACUUCAUCCAUUUUUCAAUAUGAUACAACAUCAUAAAGAAAGAUUUUUGGAAAAAAAUUGUUUAGGAAAUCAUCAUAAAUAUUGUUAUGCGACUGAUCUAACGAAAUAUUCAAUUUCGAAGGAGUAUGAAUACAACCAACGAAUAACACGUAUUACUACCGAAUAUUAUCCCGUACUGAGUGGAUAUGACAGUGGUCAAUAUUGUGAUGUUGAUGAUGGUUGGUUUUGA